AGCAGGCUCUUGAUCUGAGUUCCUUCCAUUGUUGCUGAGAUCUAUCUUUGUUUGGGCCUGAUGGGCAUCCCCAUGAGCUUAUUGCGAAAAGCUGGGUUACCUGGGGUUGGGUCAGUAGCUACCGAUCAAGUCUUUGAGAAAUAUUUUAAAGACAUUAAGGAUUUUGAUGCAUUUCACCGUGCAUUUAUUGCUCUUUGCAACGAAUUCAAUACAAUCUUGCCUGGUAAGCAUUAUAAAGCACCUUCAGAAGAAGAGAUAAAGAAAUUGUUUGAUAAAUGGACAGCCGCGGGAAAAAAGAAGGAAACUGUGAUUGAUUUCAUGAAGGAAGAUGUUAAGGAACAUAAGCCAAAUCAGAAAGUUAUGAUACUCACCGGGAUGGCGGCCCCUCCUGCUGUUCUGUAUCUUAAGAAGACGGGGGAGAAUACGCCACAGCUUAAGAAGUUCCGGCUCCACUUCAUCCCUAACGUUAUCGCUGUACCAACCUUUACGCUUCUAGCAUUAGCUGGAGUCAGAGCACUUCAGAUGAAGUCGCCCACCCCGUCUUAGACCAUUCUUUCUACCUACACCUUUAUGAUGCGGUCUCACAUGAAAAUUGUCAGUGAUGCCACCUUUUUAUGUAUAUUUUUCAAGCAAUAAUUUGGAAAUAAGCUUGUAGACAGCAUGGUUUUAAAUCAAGAAUGUACAGAGACAUGCAUGAUAUAUAUAAUGAAUUGUGUCAAGAACUACUUGAGUUGAUAUUUGUCAA